GUAAUAAAAAUGCAUCCCAUGGAACUGCCCAUGGAGAAGGACGGGACCGAGACGCAGCAGCCAGAGGAGGUGGCAAAAGCAGAGGAGGACGCCCAGGAGACGGCAGCAGCGGCGGCCGGGAAGUGAAAGGUCUCGCAAAGUUCAGCAGCAGCUGCGGCGAGCGCCGAGCCCCGGGCGAGCAGUGGAGGAGCCGCAGGACCGCUCAGCCGGGCCGCGCAGCCAGGCGGGCUAUGGUCCAGGGCCCCCGCCGCCCCCGAGGUGCCCGGACCCCACCAGGCCAGUGCGCAAGGGUAACCCCUCCGCCCGGCGCGACCCCGGCCCGCGGCUCCCAGGCGCCGGCGACCACUGACUAAUCCUGGUGCCCCUGGAGGAGGAAGAAAUAAAGAGCCCCGGUUCCUCCUGAGGACUAUCUGCGCUUCAUCCCACAACCGAGAGGGCUUGGCUCCCUCCCGCACUCGCCCGGCCCCAGUCCUCCCGGCUCCUCCGGAACAUGGGGAGCUGCGCGCGGCGGCGGCGGCUGCUGCUGCUGGUGCUGCUCUGGGGCUGCUCCUCGGUGGCCGCAGGACCGAAUGGAGUAACUGGAAUGAGUUCCCGCUGUGAAAAAGCCUGUAACCCUCAGAUGGGAAAUUUGGCUUUAGGGAGAAAACUCUGGUCAGACACCACCUGUGGUCAGAACACCACUGAACUGUUCUGCUUCUAUAGUGAGAACACUGAUCUGACCUGUCGGCAGCCCAAAUGUGCCAAAUGCAAUGCUGCUCAGCCUCACCUGGCUCACCUGCCAGCCGCUAUGGCAGACUCGUCCUUCAGGUUUCCUCGCACGUGGUGGCAGUCUGCUGAGGAUGUGCACAGAGAAAAGAUCCAGUUAGACCUGGAAGCCGAAUUCUACUUCACUCAUCUAAUUAUUGUGUUCAAGUCCCCCAGGCCAGCAGCCAUGGUGCUGGACCGGUCCCAGGACUUUGGGAAGACAUGGAAGCCUUACAAGUACUUUGCAACUAACUGCUCAGCGACUUUUGGCCUGGAAGAUGAUGUUGUCAAGAAAGGAGCUCUUUGCACUUCUAGAUACUCCAGUCCUUUUCCGUGCACCGGAGGAGAGGUUAUUUUCAGAGCUUUGUCGCCACCAUAUGAUAUGGAGAACCCUUACAGUGUCAAAGCGCAAGAGCAACUGAAGAUCACCAACCUUCGUGUGCAGCUGCUAAAACAGCAGUCUUGUCCCUGUCAGAGAAAUGACCUGAAUGCAAAGCCUCGGCACUUUACACACUAUGCAAUCUAUGAUUUCAUUGUCAAGGGCAGCUGCUUCUGUAAUGGCCAUGCUGAUCAAUGCGUACCUGUUGAUGGCUUCAGGCCUGUCAAGGGCCCAGGAACAUUCCACGUGGUCCAUGGGAAAUGUAUGUGUAAACACAACACAGCAGGCACCCACUGUCAACACUGUGCAUCAUUAUACAAUGACCGCCCCUGGCAGGCAGCUGAUGGCAAAACAGGAUCUCCUAAUGAGUGCAGAACCUGCAAGUGCAAUGGGCAUGCUGAUACCUGUCACUUUGACAUCGGUGUGUGGGAGGCAUCUGGGAAUCGCAGCGGUGGUGUCUGCAAUGACUGUCAGCACAACACGGAAGGUCAGCACUGCCAGCGAUGUAAGCCAGGCUUCUACCGGGACCUCCGGAGACCCUUCUCUGCUCCAGAUGCUUGCAAAUUGUGUUCCUGCCAUCCAGUUGGAUCAGCUGUCCUUCCUUUCAGCUCAAUGACCUUCUGUGACCCCAGCAAUGGGGACUGCCCAUGCAAGCCUGGGGUGGCAGGGCCACGCUGCGACAGGUGUAUGGUGGGAUACUGGGGCUUCGGAAACUAUGGCUGCAGGCCCUGCGACUGUGCAGGGAGCUGCGACCCUCUCACAGGAGACUGCAUCAGUGGCAGCACAGACAUAGACUGGUAUCAUGAAAUUCCUGACUUCCAUUCCAUACAAAAUAAUAGUGAACCAACCUGGGAGUGGGAAGAUGAGCAAGGAUUUUCUGCACUUCGACAUUCAGGUAAAUGUGAAUGUAAGGAACAAGUGUUAGGAAACUCCAAGGCAUUCUGUGGGAUGAAAUAUACAUAUGUGCUAAGAGUAAAGAUUUUAUCAGCUCAUGAUAAAGGAUCUCAUGCUGAAGUCAAUGUGAAGAUAAAAAAAGUCUUAAAAUCUACCAAACUGAAAAUUUUACGAGGAAUGCGAACAUUGUAUCCAGAAUCAUGGACUAACAGAGGCUGCACCUGUCCAAUCCUCAAUCCUGGUUUGGAGUACCUUGUAGCAGGCCAUGAGGAUGUAAGAAAAGGCAGACUCAUUGUGAAUAUGAAAAGUUUUGUUCAGCGAUGGAAACCAACUCUUAGAAGAAAAAUCAUGAAUAUUUUAAAAAGAGAGUGCAAGUAGCAGUAAAGGUGUGUGGCACAUAAUGGCACUUCUCUACGUAUAAAACACAAACUUAUUGGAAAGAAGACCUCAGUAAUGAAACUGGAAUUUUUUUAAGUGCCAAAAUGUAUAGAAAUGUUCCAAAGCACGGGCCUUGUCUAACCUAUUUCUUUUGGGUCCAUGCUUAAAUACACAUUGCUCCAUAAAGAGGAGUGAAAAAAAUCUAUGCUGAAUCCUGUUUUAUAUGGAAACAAUUCUGAAAUUCCUAAGUAUUAAAAAUAUUUUAAUAGCAGUGUGACAUUUAACAGUAAUCCAUUAAGCGCAAUACAUAUAACAAGGACUCCUCCCAACUUCAGAUAUGUUACUUACAUUUGUGCUACUUAAAAAAGUAAUUAAUAAGAUUUUAAGGACUCCUCAACUCUUCUAUCAGAAAAGGUGUUUCUUAAAAAGAGCCUUCUCUUGCGUGAUGUGUGUGAACUUCCGUUGUGGUGUGUUAAGAGGGACCUCCCCACAUAUAUAUAGUACUUUGUAUAAAGCACUUUACUGCCUACCACUUGUGUAAGUUUGGAGAUGCUGUCAACAGCAAGAAAAGAAACGGAUGUAUACAAAACCUCCUGAAACAGAAGCACUGCCGCUACAUGUGGACACAAAUGGCCAGAAAAAGGAAGUUGUACUAUGUGACUCUGAACACUUGGAAAAACUAUGUGAAGAUGCAGCCUUAAAGGAGAAUGCGUUUGCAUGAAGUCUCAGCUUCGGGCUACAGAUUAGAUCCCACAGUUACUGGCCAUGAUGAAACUUUUUAAAAAACUAAACAAAGAGAGACUUUAAAAUAAGAGAAAGAAAUCAUAAGUAUAGAAAUAUGCUUUGCAAAAAGGAAGUGAAUGUUCAAUUUUAAAAAGCUCACUUAUUUACAAUGCACUGUAUUCACUUCAAAAAUUCUUGUAUACACAGAAUUUGCUUCAUUUUUGUGUUUAGUAUUUAAACCUAAAUAUUGAAACAUUUCCUUCUUUUUCUUUAUUAACAGUAUAUGGCCAUCUGUAUUUACUCAUUUUUUGACACAAUGUAUGAGAUAGUUCACAAAAUUACAGUUUUUCAUUAUUAUUCAUCUUCUGUACCCUGGAUAGCCACUCUACAUAUAGUUUCUCCUGUACUUGAAUAUAUAAAACAUAAACCGCAGUGCCAUAAAAUUAACUUCACAUAAAGAACAUAUUUUUUUCCUGAGGUCCUGUGGACUUGCAAAAUAUAUAUA